UCUUCUGAGCCUAUAUUUGCCUUGGUAUGAUCAUUGACCCGUGUUAACACAUGGAAUAAGGCAUUGGGGAUUGGUGAUCUGUACUUCUCCAACUGGGACACAAUGAACUGCUGCAGUCUGGGAAAUGUGAUCUUGAAUUUUGAUGUGUAUUCUCUUUGAAUGCAAGUCACUUAGGACUCAGAAUUACAUUGGCAAAGCUGACCUGAAGGCUUCUGGUAGUUUCUGAAUUUUUGAGAAGUCUGAAAAAUACAUCAGUAUAAACCCUUGUCUUCUAACCCAAUACUUUGUUUUCUUAAAACAAAUGCUUUGCUAUUUAAAAGGUAAUUGAGAAUGGGUUCUCAGCAAUGCUAAGUCUACAAUGGGAAGUGUCACACUUCGCUAUUUCUGCUAUGGGUGCCUUUUCACAUCUGUGACCUGGACACUUCUGCUCUUUGUUUAUUUCAACUUCAGUGAAGAAAACCAAUCCUUCAAGAAUGUGCCCAUCAAGGGGCUGGAACCUCAGAGGCCGUUUCCAAAAAAAUUCUACCCCCGUUUUACACGGGGGCCAGUUCAUAUACCUGAAUUGCAACAGAAAGAGAAUAAGAUAGGAAAUCCUCUUGGAAAUCAUGUCCAGGACCCAGUGAAGGGGGAGGUAGAAUUCUCUCCUGAAAUGGGAAUGAUUUUUAAUGAAGAAGACCAGGAAGUGAGAGACUUGGGCUAUCAGAAGCAUGCUUUUAAUAUGCUUAUCAGCAAUCGGCUGGGAUACCACAGGGAGGUGCCUGAUACAAGAGAUGCAAAAUGUAGAGAGAAGUCCUACCCUCCUGAUCUGCCCUCUGCCAGUGUUGUUAUCUGUUUCUACAAUGAAGCGCUUUCUGCCCUGCUUCGCACGGUACAUAGUGUCCUGGAUCGCACUCCUGCACACCUUCUUCAUGAAAUUAUUUUGGUGGAUGACAACAGUGAAUUGGCUGACUUGAAGAAGGACUUGGGUGAAUAUGUUAAAACUCAGCUUCCAAAAACCACAAAACUGGUGAGAAAUGAGAAGCGGGAAGGAUUGAUUCGAGGAAGGAUGAUUGGAGCCUCUCAUGCCACAGGGAAAGUGCUGGUAUUCCUGGACAGUCACUGUGAGGUGAACGAGAUGUGGUUACAACCUCUGCUGACUCCCAUCAGAGAAGAUCGCAGGACUGUGGUGUGCCCUGUGAUUGACAUCAUCAGUGCUGACACGCUUACCUACAGCUCUUCCCCGGUUGUGCGCGGAGGGUUUAACUGGGGCCUGCACUUUAAGUGGGAUCUUGUUCCUUUGUCAGAACUGGAAGGACCCGAGGGAGCCACUGCUCCAAUCAAGUCACCUACUAUGGCUGGAGGCCUGUUUGCUAUGGAUCGUGAGUACUUUAAUGAACUUGGACAAUACGAUAGUGGCAUGGACAUCUGGGGAGGAGAAAAUCUGGAAAUAUCUUUUCGGAUCUGGAUGUGUGGUGGUAGACUUCUGAUCAUCCCCUGCUCCAGGGUGGGACACAUUUUCCGUAAAAGACGUCCCUAUGGUUCACCAGGGGGACAGGACACUAUGGCUCAUAACUCACUGAGGCUGGCACAUGUGUGGAUGGAUGAAUAUAAGGAGCAGUAUUUUGCUUUGAGACCCGAGCUAAGGAUGAGGAACUAUGGAAAUAUUACUGACCGUGUAGAAUUGAGAAAAAGAUUGAACUGCAAGUCAUUUAAAUGGUAUUUAGAUAAUAUAUAUCCUGAGAUGCAAAUAUCUGGGCCCAAUGCCAAAGCUCCGCAGCCAGUUUUUAUUAAUAGAGCACAGAAACGACCGAAAAUAAUCCAGCGUGGAAGGUUGUAUCACCUUCAAACCAACAAAUGCCUGGUUGCCCAGGGCCACCCAAGUCAGAAAGGAGGCCUGGUAGUGGUUCGGGAAUGUGACUACAACGAUCAAAACCAGGUCUGGAUUUACAAUGAAGAUCACGAGUUGAUUUUAAAUAAUCUCCUUUGCUUGGAUGUUUCGGAAACUCGCUCAUCCGAUCCACCUCGUCUCAUGAAAUGCCAUGGCUCCGGCGGCUCGCAGCAGUGGACGUUCGGGAAAAACAACCGCCUCUACCAGGUCUCCGUGGGGCAGUGCAUGAAGGUGGUCGAUCCACUCAGCCACAAAGGGUACGUGGCCGUGGCCAUCUGCGACGGGUCCCUCCCGCAGCAGUGGCACUUUGAGAGCUGAGACAGCGAGGAUGCGGCCGAGAAGCGUUAAGCCAAGACGUGAUCCCCCUUCAGCCAGGAUUUGAAGACAUUCUGGAGGGCUUGGCGAGGAGCCCUCAGCUGCUACACCCCGCCCACCCGGCGCAAGGACCCUGCGAGGAAGAGCCGCGUGCGUGAGAAGGUCCAGGCGGUCCCCGGCCCCUGCUCAGGCGUAGCAGGAAGAGCGGCAGCCCCCCUGCAGAACAACACGUAGAAGUGCAAUUUAUCAGCGGUUCCUUGGAUUAUCCUGGAGUAUUGAACUGUUUUUAAGUAAGAGAAAUUAUUAGAACAAUGUAAUUUAAAUUGUGAGAUUUUAGCUUUGUGGAUCUUUUAAUGACAAUGACAGAAAGGAGUCCUCUUCAACUAUUUCAUGUGCAGUAUCUCAUUAAUUUACAUUUUUAGUAUGGUUUUACUGGCCAAAUUAUUUUACUUUUUCUGGAAAAUAUUUUUAUUCCCUUUUAUCUUCUGAAAAGUGUCAUUUGUAAUAUUUAAAUUUAGUUCUUUUAAUUUACGAUUUUAGGACACUUCGUGUAGUUUAAAUUCUUAGCUGUCAUUCGUCACCUCAUAUUUAAAACAAAGUAACUAUUACAAAGUCUAUUUUGAUGACUCAUGACAGUAGCUGCAUUUAAAAUAAAGUAUCAAUUUUUUAUUAA